CGAAAGUGAAUCUUCCUUUUUUUCGUUGCUUAGCCAUGAAGGACAUCUACAAGGACGACGAGCUCAUCAUCCCCGAGAACGUUGAUAUCACCAUCAAGUCCCGCAUCGUCACCGUCAAGGGACCUCGCGGUGAACUCACCAAGAACCUCCGUCAUCUUAACAUGGAGAUCAAGGCCGUUGGUGAGAAGAAGCUCAAGUUUGUUGUCUACCACGGCAACCGUAAGCACGUUGCUUGCAUCCGUACUGUUCGUUCCAUCGUUAACAACAUGGUCACCGGUGUCACCAAGGGUUUCCAAUACAAGAUGCGUUACGUAUAUGCCCAUUUUCCCAUCAACGUUAUUAUCAACGAUAACGGUAAGGAAGUUGAGAUCCGUAACUUCUUGGGACAAAAGGUCACUUUCCGUGUCAAGAUGUUGGAAGGUUGCUCCGUUGAGAGCUCCGCUGCCCAGAAGGAUGAGUUGAUCAUCACUGGUAACGAUCUCGAUGCCGUUUCUCAAUCCGCUGCUAGCAUCCAACAAGCCACCGCUGUUAAGAACAAGGAUAUCCGUAAGUUCUUGGACGGUAUCUACGUUUCCGAGCGCAACGUUCUUGAGGAAGCUUAAGGAACAGGAAUGUCCCAUUGUUAUUCUGAAUAAAAAAAAUUGAUAUCUUGCAAUCAUGCAAUGCACGUUUUUCAUAUGGAA